UUUUUUUUUGUAAAUAAAUAAAGCUUGGUUCUUACUUAAGGAAUAAACUCUGAGCCCACGUCCCCUGCCCUCGGCAGAGCCCUGUGGUGAAGCAGGGUUUGGGCUUCACUUCCUCAUCCACGGCACAAACAGGACUUUGCUUCAGUUAGCAAUCAGUUGCACUUGCCCAAGUCAAAAAGUCCAAAUUUUUAAAAUAGAAUACUUCAUUAUUUUAGUACUUUUUUUGCCUUUAUUUCAACUGUUUGGAAAUAUUUUAUAUUCGGGUAAGUUGUUCAGCUAUGUAGUUUUUAUGUCUCUCUAUUUUUUCUUACCCUUCUUGUAAAUGGGGGUGAACAACUUAAAUACCAAAUCAGUAUUUAAAAGAAGUGUACGUAAGGUGUGUGGUAUAAAUGGAGUUGGGAGGGAGAAGAUUUGACGCAUUUCAUUAGCAACCACAAAUGGAAUGUGUGUGUAUAUAUAUAAAUAUUUUUUAAUGACAUAAAUUUAAACUGGCAGGCAUUUAAACAUGAGUGAUUAGGAUUUUUAUAUGUGGUCAGCCUGGACUUUCUGAACAAAGACCACCUGAGCCCCUCCUAGUACUCUGGUGGGUUUUUUUUUCAGCAACCAUUACCCUAGUCAUAGUUGUAAAGUAACCAGCAGUAUUUUGUGUGGUUUUGUUUGCUUUUUAAUUAAAAGUCGCCACCACUGCCACCAAAAAACCACAAAUUGUCUUCUGGACUUUUAGAAACACACACAGACUUCUCUGAUUUUAGACUGUUUGUUGCUGGAGGGUGGGUAGAUGAGGGCGAUCCAGGCCAGGAGACUGAGUCCAAAAGAGCCUUGUGGGAGGAGAUCCUGGGAUGAAGCGUGGGCAGUGCCUGACUUUGGGGGUAGAGUGCUACAUACUGUUUGGGGGGAAGAUCUCAGGUUUUCCUAGCAAUAACUCACCUAAUCCUCCGUGCUUGUUCAAGAAAGAUCUUGUUGACUUGGAAUUACGGGGGAGAUUUAUGGGGCCUGACCAGGGGCAGCCCCAGCUGUUGCUGUAUCUGCACAGGGUUAUGUCCAGAGUAGUUAUGCUUGCAGGGCAGGAGGAAAACCCAACCCACCAGUGCAACCAAAAAGCGGGGGGAGCUUCCCCUACAGCCAGGAUUUUCACAAGCAGCAUUUUUAUCCCUCCUGCCUUCUGACAUCUGAGCUCCAAGCUCUAAACCCAGCCUGUAUUAUAGAAGCAAGUUACCUUUAUUUUAACUUACAUUUGGUAUUCUGUACUUAGUCACCUUUCCAUGUGAUUUGCAAUGAAAUGUUGUAAACUUGACUUGGUCAGUAUUUCCAUUAAAAUAUCAGGGCUAAUGUUGUGUAUAUAUUUUUCUUCCUGAUGAUUUUAUAGACAAGGACUCCCUGGCAAUCCUAGCAGGGAAGAAAAGCAGCCAAUGGACUAUAAGGGUAAUGUGAGACUGAAAUCGGUGGUGUUUCUGGCAUUAUGGCGUCUCCAAACUCUUCAGUCUUGUGUGGUGAAAUGUUAUUCUCUUAGGAUCUUGAAUGCUAUGCUGUGAUCUGCCAUCUCAAAACAAAAUCUUUCCAGAGUUUCUGGUGAUGUGCGACAAUUAGGUACACACUUAAAAUACAUUGUAGAGGAAGCAGGUUACUAGAUGCAAAGCCCUCUCUAUUUAUCACUGUGUCUGCCGAUCAGUUUGGAAGCACCGCUCCCUGGCGCUCUUUCCAUGUUAAGCAGAGAGGUUUUUGGAGGUAGUCAGAUCCAGAGGUCGGGCUGAGACUGGAGGGCAAGGGGGUACCCGCUGCGUGCUUCUGAGGCUGGGUGACCUGCGUUUGCAGCAGCCGAGGCUUCUGCCCGUCGUGUCUAAUAUUCCUCUGUCUCUGGCCCGGGCCUUUCGGAGAAUCUAAGCGUCCAACUUCCCAUUUUAUGUAGGGAUUUGCCCAGUGGCCACCAGCUCGGACAAGAUAGAGGAAGACCUCCGCAGCGCGGCUUUUAGCUUUCAGCUCCCUGCUCAAAGUUCACAGCGGCGGAGUUUCAGAGAGCCGCUGGUGUUCCAAGAAAAGCUGCCCGGGGCUGGAAGGCGCCGGAACCUUUGGUUCCAGGCCGUGGACCGCGCCGGCAGCGCCGGCGGCCUUCCGGGGAGAAGAGCGGGCGCCCGGCGAUGGCAAUGGCGGCGGCGCCGGCCCUGAAGCACUGGCGCACUACGCUGGAGCGGGUGGAGAAAUUCGUGUCGCCGCUCUACUUUACCGACUGUAACCUCCGCGGCAGGCUCUUCGGGGACAGCUGCCCGGUGGCCGCGCUCUCCAGUUUCUUGACGCCGGAGAGGCUUCCCUACCAGGAGGCCGUCCAGCAAGACUUCCGCCCCGCGCAGGUCGGCGACAGCUUCGGACCCACAUGGUGGACCUGUUGGUUCCGAGUGGAGCUGACUAUCCCGGAAGCAUGGGUGGGUCAGGAAGUUCACCUUCGCUGGGAAAGUGAUGGAGAAGGCCUGGUGUGGCGCGAUGGGGAACCUGUCCAGGGUUUGACCAAAGAGGGGGAGAAGACCAGCUAUGUCCUGACUGACAGGCUGGGGGAAGGAGACCCCCGGAGCAUGACCCUCUAUGUGGAAGUAGCCUGCAAUGGCCUCCUGGGGGCCGGUAAGGGAACCAUGAUUGCAGCCCCUGACCCAGAGAAGAUGUUCCAAGUGAGCCGGGCUGAGCUGGCCGUGUUCCACCAAGAUGUCCACAAGCUCUUGGUGGAUCUGGAGCUGCUGCUGGGCAUGGCCAAGGGCCUCGGGGAAGACAACCAGCGCAGCUUCCAGGCCCUAUACACAGCCAACCAGAUCGUGAACGUGUGUGACCCUGCCCAGCCUGAGACCUUCCCAGUGGCCCAGGCCCUGGCCUCCAAGUUCUUUGGCCAACGUGGAGGUGAAAGCCAACAUACCAUCCACGCCAUGGGGCACUGUCACAUUGAUACAGCCUGGCUUUGGCCCUUCAAAGAGACUGUGCGGAAAUGUGCCCGGAGCUGGGUGACAGCCGUGCAGCUGAUGGAGCAGAACCCUGAGUUCAUCUUUGUCUGCUCCCAGGCACAGCAGCUCGAGUGGGUGAAGAGCCACUACCCUGGGCUGCAUGCCCAGCUCCAGGAGUUCGCCUGCCGUGGGCAGUUUGUGCCUGUGGGGGGCACCUGGGUGGAGAUGGAUGGGAACCUUCCCAGUGGAGAGGCCAUGGUGAGGCAGUUCCUGCAGGGCCAGAACUUCUUCCUGCAGGAGUUUGGGAAGAUGUGCUCCGAGUUCUGGCUGCCAGAUACGUUUGGCUACUCAGCGCAGCUCCCCCAGAUCAUGCGCAGCUGUGGCAUCCGGCACUUCCUGACCCAAAAGCUGAGCUGGAACUUGGUGAACUCCUUUCCGCACCAUACCUUUUUCUGGGAGGGGCUGGAUGGCUCUCGUGUGCUGGCCCACUUCCCACCUGGUGACUCAUAUGGAAUGCAGGGCAGUGUGGAGGAGGUGCUGAAGACCGUGACCAAAAAUCAGGACAAAGGGCGGACCAACCACAGUGCUUUUCUCUUUGGCUUUGGGGAUGGAGGUGGCGGCCCCACCCAGACCAUGGUGGACCGCUUGAAGCGGCUGCGCAAUACAGAUGGGCUGCCCAGAGUGCAGCUGUCUUCUCCGGGUCAACUCUUCUCAGCGCUGGAGAGCGACUCGGGGCAGCUGUGCACAUGGGUCGGGGAGCUCUUCCUGGAGCUGCACAAUGGCACCUAUACCACACAUGCCCAGAUCAAGAAGGGGAACCGGGAAUGUGAGCGGAUCCUGCACGACGUGGAGCUGCUCAGCAGCCUGGCCCUGGCCCGAAGUGCCCACUUCCUAUACCCGGCAGCCCAGCUGCAGGACCUCUGGAGGCUCCUGCUCCUGAACCAGUUCCAUGACGUGGUGACUGGAAGCUGCAUCCAGCUGGUGGCGGAGGAAGCCGUGUGCCACUAUGAAGACAUCCGUUCCCAUGGCAACACACUGCUCAGUGCUGCAGCCGCCGCCCUGUGUGCUGGAGAGCCAGGUCCCAAGGGCCUCCUCAUUGUCAACACACUGCCCUGGAAGCGCACUGAAGUGUUGGCCCUGCCCAGGCCUGGCGGGGCCCACAGCCUAGCCCUGGUGACAGUACCCAGCAUGGGCUAUGCUCCUGCUCCUGCCCCCACCUCACUGCAGCCCCUGCUGCCCCAGCAGCCUGUGUUCGUGGUGCAAGAGACUGAUGGUUCUGUGACUCUGGACAACGGCAUCAUCCGGGUGAGGCUGGACCCGACUGGCUGCCUGACAUCCCUGGUGCUGGUGGCCUCUGGCAGGGAGGCCAUUGCUGAGGGCACUGUGGGGAACCAGUUUGUGCUGUUUGAUGAUGUCCCCCUGUACUGGGACGCAUGGGACGUCAUGGACUACCACCUAGAGACACGGAAGCCAGUGCUGGGCCAGGCAGGAACCUUGGCAGUGGGCACUGAGGGCGGCGUGCGGGGCAGCGCCUGGUUCCUGCUGCAGAUCAGUGCCAACAGUCGGCUCAGCCAGGAGGUCGUGCUAGAUGUUGGUUGCCCCUAUGUCCGCUUCCACACUGAGGUGCACUGGCAUGAGGCCCACAAGUUCCUGAAGGUGGAGUUCCCUGCCCGUGUGCGGAGCCCCCAGGCCACCUAUGAGGUCCAGUUCGGACAUCUGCAGCGGCCCACCCACUACAACACCUCUUGGGACUGGGCUCGAUUUGAGGUGUGGGCGCACCGCUGGAUGGAUCUGUCAGAGCACGGCUUCGGGCUGGCCCUGCUCAACGACUCCAAGUACGGCGCGUCGGUGCGAGGCAGCGUCCUCAGCCUCUCACUCUUGCGGGCGCCUAAAGCCCCUGAUGCCACUGCCGACAUGGGGCGCCACGAGUUCACCUACGCGCUGAUGCCACACGAGGGCUCCUUCCAGGACGCUGGCGUUAUCCGCGCUGCCUACAGCGUCAACUUCCCCCUGCUGGCGCUGCCCACCCCCGGCCCUGCGCCCGCCGCCGCCUGGAGCGCCUUCUCCGUGUCCUCGCCCGCGGUGGUGUUGGAGACAGUCAAGCAGGCUGAGACCAGCCCCCAGGGCCGCACGCUGGUCCUGAGGCUGUACGAGGCCCACGGCAGCCACGUUGACUGCUGGCUGCACACGUCGCUGCCGGUUCAGGAGGCCGUCCUCUGCGACCUCCUGGAGCGGCGCGACCCUGCUGGCCACCUGCCCCUUCGGGACGCCCGCCUAAAGCUCACCUUUUCUCCCUUCCAAGUGCGGUCCCUGUUGCUCGUGCUGCAGCCCCCACCGAAUUGAGUCCCUGAGGGCGGGGUUUUGUUUGUGGAAGGCUUUGGGGGCUCCUCAUUUCUGCCUCCCCAGCCUGAAGCAGGAUGAGCCACCUCUUGAACAAUAAAUCCUUGGCUCAGGAACCCUGCUGG